AUGUAGACGGAUACUAAUUAACCAAACAUUAAACAAAGAAUUGAAAAAUCCAAAACCAUAUCAUAAUCUUCUUACUAUUAAUCUCCUAUUUUAAAGGAUAUACAGCUCGAUUACAUUGAUAGAUUAAAAAAAAUGGAUAAAAACGAUUUUUUUGCUCAAUUGAAUAGUUAGGACCCUUACAAAUACCCCAAAAAAUUAGAAGGCCUUUAAUUUAUUACCUCCAAUAAAAUCUCCUAAGCCCAGGUCAUUUUGCCAAGUGAACUGACAGAUAGAACCAUCUAACUAACUAAAUUUUCUUCAAAUUUAACAAAGAGAGUAGUCAAAGAUAAAAUCCACAGAGGCAUUCCAUUAAAACAUGAUGUAAAAGCACUAGCAGCGUGGACUGAUCUCAUGCUUGAAUAGGCUAUUGAGAAAAACCAAGGACAAUCAGCAAAUAUAUAUGAAGAUUUGUAGUAAAUAUUUUCGCUUUGCUUGAAAGAACUAAUUCGUUAGAUUUCAUUUGAUUGUAUUGAAAAAAGUGUUCUAUUAGAAAAAAUAUGGACAUAGUAUAUUGAUAUUAAUACGUCAGUUUACUAAUCAAUUUUAAAUUAAAAUAAUAUUUUAGAAAAAGACCAUCUAUCUGAAGUAAUGAGAACACAUUAAUUGUACUAAGCAGAAAUAGACAAAUACUUGAUUAUUCAAAAAAAACAAAAGACCGAUAUGGAUUCGGUUUUGGAAAGAUUUGUUAAAUUAAAGGCUAAUGCAAAAUAUUUGAAAAAAAAUAAUAGAUAUUUAAAUACUUAAAUACGAAAUUAAAAAAAUGAAAUUCAAGAAUUGAAAAAUGAGAAUAAAUAAUAUAUAGAUCAAAUUGAAAAAAUUACUGAUGAAUUACAAGAUUACUAAAGGAAUGUUCAGUAAUAAUUUGAACAAUUUUCUAUAUAAGCUCAAAAAUAAUAAAGAAAUGAAACUAAUUUUGAACAUGAAAAUUAAUUAAAAUCAAAAUUAGUAAGAGCUGGUACUGAAAGAAGGAUAACAGUCCAUCAAAUUCCAUAAUAUAAACUACCUGAAAUAAAACCUAUCUAAAGAGCUAAUGGCUUGCAAUUUGAGAAAGUUGAUUCAGAUUAAGAUAAGCUUAAAAAAGUAUUAAAUGAUAGUCUAUCUGUUGGAGAUAUUGAAAUUCUAUUAGAGGAAAAGGCCACAGACACUUGUGAUCUCAUUUAAAUAUUAUAGUUGACAAGAGAGGCAGAAAUUUAAACUAUAGAAAGAAAGAAAUUAUCUAUUCAAAUUCCCAAAUUUGAAUUAAAAGACAGGAGAUAAUAAAUCAUUUAAACAGAAAUCUCGUUUUUAAAUAGGAUAUCAAAGAGCGUUUAGACUGAUCUAACUGAAGAAUUACAGGAAUCUAUUAAAAUGGAGGAAUAACAUCUUGAAUAACUAUAGGUGGCUAUUCAAAGGGCAAGAGAUCAAUACUUAAAAAUCUUUAAUCAAACUCAAAAUUGUGAGCAGCCAUAGAUUCAAGCCAUUUUUGAUCUUUUUGAAGAAUUUUAAAGCAAAUUAAAAGAAAAUCUUCAUUAAUAAAAAGAAACGAGGACUAAUUUGAUUUUAGUUAAUAGUACAUUUAAAGAUGAGAACACAAGAAAGGAAUAGUAGCUGUAGUAAUAUUAAAAACGAGUGUCGGAACUUGAAAAGAACAACGAUUUAGUCAAUUAAGAAAUGGUUGAGUUAGAAGCACAGUUAGAUUUAUAUGAAAAGAUUAAUGAGAAAAUAGAAAAAAAAUAUCAAAGAAUAAAAUCUGUUAAGUCAAAUUUAGUUGAUAAAACUAAAACCUUAGUUGUUCAAUUAACAUAAACACAUAAAUUUGCUGAGAUUAUGAAAAAAAAAAUAUAAGAUAAGAGAAUGAGUUCAAUAACUCCUAUGCAAAUUACUCCAAAAUCUCGGUUUUCAAAUGUUUAGCCUUAAAUAAUACAAUAGAAUUUAUCAAUAAUCCCACCUCAAAUUAUAAUAAAUGAAUAAGUGGAUUCUUAAAAUUAGUAGGAAAACAUUAAUUAAAAUCCAGAAAGGAAUCGAAAAAGCGUAAUGCCUUAAUAAUAGUAAUAAUAAUAAUAAUAACCUUUUUAAAAUGAAAAAAAUUAAAAUUGUUAGUAUAAUAUUUCUAUUCUUCCUUUAUAAGAUAAUUAGACUGCUUAAUAAUUUUCUUAACAACAACAGUCUAACUAAUUUUUAAGCGAAGAUGAUACAAAUGAAUUGUAAUAAAAUUCAGCAAGGAACAAGAACUUAAAUAAACCCAGACCUAGUUAAAGAAUGCAAACCCCAAUAAAUUAAGCAAAGAAAAAAGAAUUAAAAACGCAGAAAAGAGGAUCUAUGAUGCCAUAACAAAACGAAUAAGUGUAAUAUCUCCAGGAUACAAUAUCUAAUUUUAUUUAUUAAAAUUUUUCAUCAUCAGACUCGGAUAGUGAAGAUUCAGAAUAUACUUUAAAAUUGUAAGAAAUUAAAUAAAGAAAAAAAUAAAUUAAUCAGACUAAAAAAUUCUAAUUUUCUUAAGUUCCAAAAUUUUAAAAUAAAUAAUCACUUGAUAGCCCAGGUCUGAGUUAUCUAAAGACAAAUCUAGUAAAAUAGCUUGCUACCAAAUUUGCUUCUACUAAUUAAAAAGAUAUUGUAGCAAAGAUGAAAAAGGGGGCCGUGUUAAAAUUAAUACAAUAAUUUUAUGGGGAGAAAUUAAAAUAAAAUUAAAACAAAACAUCCUUACAUAUUUUAUGUUAUGAAUACUUUUUUAACACAUAUGGAUUUAAGAAUAUUGCUGAAUAGAAAUUAAUUAAUUUUUAUGAAUCAAUAUUUGUUCAUCGAGAUAACAUGAGAGUUAAUUUAUUUGGAAGAUUCUUACAAUUGUUUAGUUCAUUAACACUUGAUGAUUUAGAUAUAUAUAUCAAGACUCUUAAGCAAUUAGAUGAAGAUAAUUAGACACUCAAUACAGAUAAGGGGUAUUUUAUACUGGUUGAAAAGGCAAUUUUAAUUUUGGAGACGAUUCAUUCUCAGAUUCCAUAAGAAUAUAGGAGCAACAUAACUUACGAUAUUAAGUUGAACUACAUAGAAAGAAAUAUGAGACCAUAUAUUGAUUAUGAUUAUUAUAUAAGUAGGAUUUUGACAGGGUAUGAAAUUAUCAAGAAGAUGCACAUGAAACAUUAUUAAGAAGUGUUUAAUUCAGCAGACAUGGAUCUUGAUAAUAUGAUGGAAUAUCAAGAAUUUAAGAAAUUAUAUUAUUAUUUUGAGGUUAAUCAAGGUAAUCAAACUUCAAUUAGUGUAAUGGAAAGAGAAUUCCUGUCUCGAUGUGACUUAACAGCCAAUAAUGAGGGAGAGAAGGCGAUGUCAUUUGAUAGAUUCUUAACAUUUUCAAUAGAGUAGAAUUUAUUUUCUGAAGAGAAAUUUACAAAUUUUGCAAAUAGUGUAGAUGAAUAGGAUCCUAUAAAAACGUUAGAAGAUUUGUACAGAAAUUGGAAUGAUGUAAAGCUAAGGUUGGAAAAUAGAGUGUAAUAUGCAGUAGAAGAGGAGAUAGAAUAUUAUCUGAGUGUUAUAAAAAAGUUAGAUAAAGCUUUAACGUGUGAAGAUAAGAGACAGAGCAUUUGGAUAUCUUAUAGAAUAAUCGACAAUGAUACAAGAUUGAUUUACAUAAAUAAAUUGGUGGAUGAAUUGGUUCCAUAGGGAUUCAACGAGGUGAAGGAAGCACUUAACUAUUCUUCAGAUGAUAACUAUUGA